GGCUUUUGGCUUCUUGAAAGAGAAGCUACUAUGAUGUUUGAAGGGCUUUCCAAGCAACCACCUUCGCUUGUUGAUCUCUGCCUUAGGACAGCGAUUGAUAAUGUACGCUACAUCGGAUAUGUCGGUGGGGUUGAUUUUCAUCUCCUUGAGCAGAUUAUGCAACAUUGUACACUAGAACAGCUGAUGCAUAUAGAGGAUUCUACUCAAGACACAGAUCUUAGUCCAGUCACCAAUAAGUUUUGGAAGAGAUUCUGUGAGAAGCAGUAUGCUGCAGAUGUAGAAGAACUGUACCUUGUCGUGGAGGAUUUGAAGAAGAGGAAAAUGAGUUUCAAGUGGAGGGAGUUGUAUGAGGCAAAGUUGAAAGCCGUGCAAGAAGAUGAGAAGGAGGCUAUUAAUAAACUGAAGCAACGUUACAAGGCGGAAGAUGCAAGGAAACAAAGUCGACAAACUAAGCUCUGCUCAAAAACUCCUCCUGCGAAAAAAGCGUUCUGGGGUAAUGGUGCAUCAGGUUACAAUGUAUCGAAUGUCAAGAGCAACAUCAUGAAGAAGGCAAAACUGGAUCUUUUAAAGAGUCAAGAAGUGAAAAAUCUCACUGCGAUUAAAAGGAACACGAUUCAAAAGAGUUUCAGUAUUUCUGCUCCAAAGAGGAACGGCUUAUCUGCGAACGCGCCUUCAACUUCAAGAAGCAGUUCUUAUGGUGAAGUGAAAAAUCUUACUCCAACUAAAAGGAACACGAUUCAGAAGAGUUUCAGUAUCUCUGCUCCAAGGAGGACCGGCCUAUCCGCGAACGCUCCUUCAACUUCAAGAAGCAGUUCGUACGGUGAAGGAAAUCUUCCUCCGAAUAGGAUCAACAGUCUUCAUGGGACUGCUCCUUCAGCUUCAAGAAAUGCAGCCACCAAACGAAAACAUGUAAUGUAA